CCCGCUCCCAUACGCGCUCCUGACACCUGUCCGCCUAUGGCACCGCCCCUUGCCGCUCCUGGCCACGCCCCUUUGCGCCCCAGGUCACGCCCCCUGCCCCGUUGCCGGUGCCGCCGCGCAGAGCGGCGCGGGGCGGAGGGAUGUGCGGGCGCACGGCGUGUUCCCUCGGCGCCGACAACCUCCGCCGGGCCUGCGCCUACCGCGACAGGCGGGGCCUGCGCCGCCAGCCCGAGUGGAUCCAGGCGGAGCGGUACCAGCCCUCCUACAACAAGGGCCCGCAGUCCCGCGGCCCCGUGCUGCUCUCCCGCCGGCACCUCCACCAGGAUGCCGACUCCUCCGAGCGGGUCCUCAUGGACAUGCGUUGGGGCCUGGUUCCCUCCUGGUUCAAAAAGGACGACCCCUCCAAAAUGCAGUUUAAUACCUCCAACUGCCGCAGUGACACCAUGCUGAAAAAGUCCUCCUACAAGGGUGCUCUCCUCAAGGGCAAGCGCUGCGUGGUCCUGGCAGAUGGCUUCUACGAGUGGCAGCAGAACAGCGGGGGGAAGCAGCCGUAUUUCAUUUACUUCCCCCAGACCAAGGAUGCUGUGGACGAGGGGAAGGAGGGAGAUGAGGAAUGGAAAGGAUGGCGGUUGCUCACAAUGGCUGGGAUUUUUGACUGCUGGGAGCCGCCAGGAGGAGGAGAAACGCUAUACACUUACACCAUCAUCACCGUGGAUGCCUCCAAGGAUGUGAGCUUCAUCCAUCACAGGAUGCCUGCCAUCCUGGAUGGGGACGAGGCCAUAAGGAAAUGGUUAGACUUCGCUGAAGUGCCAACCCAGGAAGCAGUUAAACUCAUCCAGCCCACAGAGAACAUCGUUUUCCACCCAGUGUCUACCUUUGUCAACAACAUCCGCAAUAACGCGCCCGAGUGCCUCGCACGCAUCGAGCUGGGAGCCAAGACGGAGGUCAAAACCACCCCGAGCAGCAAAGUGAUGCUGGGCUGGUUAAAAAACUCCCAGGAGGGUUCUCCCCAGAAGAAAGAAAAUGAUUUGCCCCGGUGGACUAGUCAGUUCAUCCACAACCCUUCGCCCAAGAAAACCAGCGCAGAUAUCCUGCAGCAGUGGCUGGGAAAGGAGGGAGAGCCAGCUGCAAAGAAGCGCAAGGCUUAGGCACUGUCUAGGAUGGCUGGCCAUCCUUUUUCCUCCUGUUUUCCCUAAGUGGGAUGAGAAACACUUUUCGCAGAUGGCUCUUGAGUUUCUCCAGGCCUCUCAGGUGUUGAUUUGAUGCUCUAGGUUGUUGUCUCUGUUCUUUGUGUUUUGUUAAAGGCUGGUGUUUGUCUUUGAAGGUUUUGGCCUUGUCUUGUGCUGACGGGAGUGGGUAUAAUCUGGUAGUCGCUUGUGCCAAGUCUAGAUAAAGCCUUGAGAAGCAUCUCAGCCUGCUGGGAAGGAGUAGCUUCUGCCUUCUGACAGUGUUCACAGCUCUUCUCUCUUCCCUUCUUCUCUUCCCUUCUUCUUUUCCCUUCUUCUCUUCCCUUCUUCUUUUCCCUUCUUCUCUUCCCUUCUCCUUUUUUUUUGGUAUUAAACUGAUACUUUUUCACUUAAUUCCAUAUUAAUUCUGUACAAAUUCCUUUCGAUUGCUCUUGCCCUCCAAGGGUGACUGCAGUACAGAGGAUCAUGCAGUGAGUUUUAGGAGGAACCCCCAGUCAGGGAGGGUCCGCCGCAGUCUUUGCACUCUGUACCAGCAUUGCCCCAUGAGUUUGUGGCUCCUGAACAGGGAGAUGUUUAAGCAGGGCCUGGGAGGAACUGGGUUUUCCUUGGGUUUCCCUGCAGGCAGUGGGGUGGGACAGCGUGUCUUGGUCACGUUGUAUGCACGAUCAUGUUGUUAAUGAGAUUUGAAGACUUAGAGAGGAUUUUCUUGAUCUGUGGAGGGAUGCAUUCUGCUUUCUUCAUAAAGGUCAUUCAUCAAAGCCCAGAUAACCAAAGUGCCGUUACAGAACAGCUUAGGGCAGCUG